AUGAGCAACAAUCCUUAUGCCGUCAAUGGCUACGGAGGGCCCCCCAACGGAACGAAUCCCUAUGCGCCUACCAAUACAUCCAACUCUGUUCCCUCGAACCGUUAUGCAGAUCCGUACAUGAGCCGACAGAAUAAUGCGUCCUCCGCAUCGGUCAACAGUUACAACUCGCAGGAGCGCAGGCGAGGAUCGAAUCCCUAUGCCCAGCGAGGCCGAGACUCUCCUGCACCUGUGCCUUCCGGACGAGUAGGGUCAGGACAAGGGAGCGGCGGUGGAGGGUAUGGAGGAGGCUACGGCGGGCUGUCGCGCGGUGUAUACGAUGAUGUGGCCCCUCCUUCACGAAACGAACAUGACUAUGGUCGACAAAGGGAGCCCCAAGAAUACGUCGAGCAGAGACAGCAACAGAGACCCCCUACAAGAGACAGAGCAUACAAUGACUCAAGAAGUCGAGAAGGCAGGGACGCACGGCCGGCGAUGCCGCCACCUUCGACGAUACCAUCUCGACCGUCUGUAUCCAGUCUGAAUCAGCAGAGCCAGCAGGCCAAUGGCUACACCAACCAGUCAUACCCACCACCAGAGAAUGCUAAUCGACAGUAUUCUCCUCGCAGACCCGCCAAAAGCAUGGACGAGAUCUUGCGUCACAUCCAGUCCAACUGGAAGGACAUGGAGGGCGACGAAUGUGUACCAGUCAAGAUUGCGCUCAAGUUGAUGGAUCCGAGUUCGUUAGGUCUGGCAGACAAAGAGGGGGACUUCGCCAAUACUCAUGUCGACCUGCAAAAGUGUCUCAAGACCGUGGUCAACGAGCAUUAUGCCGACUUCAACAGCGCUGUUGGCACGUAUCACAAGAUACAAACCGCCAUCAUGCAGAGUCAGAGCAGAGUGAGGCAACUCAAAAGCGGACUAAUGAACGUCAAAGGCGGCAUGCUAAGCACAAAACCGGAAUUGAGGGGCCUCGCGGAACAGAGUGGGGAGUUGGACCAUAUGCUUGUCUUGCUCAGCCACGUCGAGUCAUUGAAAACAGUUCCCAGCAAGCUGGAGGAGAAGAUCAGCGAGAAGAAGUUCCUCGGCGCCGUUGACCUGCUGAUGGACAGCCUCAAGGCGAUCACCAAGAGCGAAUUCGACGGCAUCUCCGCGAUCUCGGACUUGCGAAGCUACUUUGUCAACCAAGAAAGCAGCUUACUCGAUAUCCUUGUCGAGGAGCUACAUGACCACCUCUAUCUACGGAGCCCCUACUGCCGAGACAGAUGGAAGGGCAAGAAAGCCAAUGGCGAUGAAAAGGACUCCAAAGAUAUCCUGACUGGGGGUAUGAAUGCUUGGGACCGGCCAUUCAACCAUUACUUGAACAGCGCGGACUUUGCAACGCCCAUGGUCGAAGACGCAUCCAAGAACCCCGAGGCUGACACAUUCUACUACAUCCAUAUGAUCCUUGAAUCGUUGCACAAACUCGGCCAACUCGGCGAGGCUGUCUCGCGAAUCGAGCAAAGGAUGCCGACGGAGCUGUACAAGGUCGUUGAGAAGACCAAUCACGACAUCGAUGCCAGAUACCCCAGCCAUGUACGUGGCCAACUCAGCAAGGACACCCGCAAAGUCGUUUCUUUGCACGUGAACGACGGCCGAGCGCAAGUGCUCUCCGACUUCCUCUGGACAUUGUAUUCGAAAUUCGAGGCAAUAGCCGAGGGUCACCGCGUGCUGCACGAAGCCAUUGCCGGCAUUGCCACGCGCGAGAACCUGGCCAAGCCCGACAAAUAUACCACGGGCUUCAAAGAGCUAUGGAAACUAUACCAGAUGGAGAUGCGCUCCCUCCUGCACGACUACCUCGCCACAGAUGGCGGCAUGACCCUGCGUUCCGGCCUCAACACCACUAGCACGACCGACAUCUUCGCCAGGCCAACCCGGGACAAGAACAAGAAAAUGUUCAAACUGUCCGAAAUGGAUAAAAAGUCGGAGGCCAUGAAGACUGAAGAGGACGAACUCGAUGACAUCUUGAAAAGCUCAGUGCCCGGCCUCGUCAGCAAAUCUCGAGCCGCCGGACUAGACGUCAAUUCAUCUUCGUCGUCCGACCGACCAACGCAGGACAGCACAGCAGCAGGUCACAAACUACUCAUCGAGCCCGGCGUGUUCAACAUGACCAUCCUCCUCCCUCCGUCACUGACCUUCCUCCAGCGCCUGAAAGACGUCGUCCCUUCAACAGCGCACAUCCCGAUGAGCACGCUGACCUCCUUCCUCGACGACUUCCUCAUCAACGUCUUCCACCCACAACUCGAAGAGGCCGUCACCGAGCUCUGCACACAAUGCAUGAUUGAUCUGGAAGCAUUUUCCGAGGACACUUCAUGGUCCAAACACUCGCCGCACCCGAUAUUCAAAAGCACAGUCUCCUUCAUGGCCUUGAUCCGCGCGUUCUCCGGCAUGUUGAGCGCGAUUCCACAGGACCAGAUCUUCACGCAACUCAUCAUAACCCAAAUGGUCACAUACUACGACAAAUGCUACGGGUACUACAAAGCGCUAGUAAGUCGGGUCGCACCCUCAGCUACAAACCCAGCAGUCAAUAGUCUCGCGCUCAAAGCAGCCGCCGCGCUCGCCGACCAAGGCGACGUCCGUGACGCUGCGCUAGCGCUACUCAACCAGACCUCCAUACGCGCCUCUUCACGCGCAGACUUGAUCGCCAAAGAAGUCCAAGCCCUGUUAUUAGCGACGAAACAAAACCCCCUCUCGUCCUACGAUAUCAUCUCUGACCCAAAAUCCGUGCACCAACUCUCGCUGCUGUACAACAGCAUGCAAUGGACGGCUGCGGCGCUAGCAAAAAUCAGAAACGUCGAUGCUGCCCAUCAAACCAGCACCAAACCCGCCGCCAAACGCUGGACUUUACUCACUGGCCUGCGCUCCCCAUCGAACAAACCUGCCUCACACCCUGGCGCAAUCCUCCCAGUAUAUCUGCCCUUGACCUCCGAGACCGCCAUCCCCUUCGACAACACCGUCAGCUCGUUCCGCGCCCUCGCCCAAACAAGCCUGUUGACCCUCCACAUCGACAUCCGCUGCGGCAUCAUCCAUCAAUUAUCCCGUACCCUGCGCGGUCCUAACCCUGAAAACAACGCAAGCUCACCGACUGACGGUCACAACCGCGACUCAUCACUCCCGGCCCUCGACUCGGGACUAUAUCCCUACGUCCUCUCUUCCCCGCCUAGCUCAGCUACACCUUUGAUUCUCGAACUCAACAAUGACCUCAUCUCUUUCGACUCCAAUAUAGCAAUGUACCUGCCCUCCAAAGAGCGCGAGUUCAUUAUCGCGGGGCUGGCAGCCCUGAUCGAUCGCUUCCUUGUCGCGGGCGCAGAUUUUGUCGGUGUAAUGAACGUUCACGGUGCAGAACGUCUGCGCAUCGAUGCUACAGUCAUCCAGCAGAAUUUGAGGGCGAUUAUGGCUAGCACAGACACCAAGGAUCAAGAGUUUGUAUCGUCUGAGACUAUAGACUCCAAUGCACCGGAUGUCACGAUGGGUAUGGGCUUGGAGACUGCAGCCUUGGGCGACGAGGACUCGGAGGUUGAUUCCGGCCUUUUGUCAUCUUCGACGCGCUAUUUCAAUCUCUUUUUGACGGGGCCGGAGUCCAUGUUGCAGUAUGUUCGGGACGCGAAGGCUCAAGGACAGGACGUCGGGUACACGUACGAUGAAUUGAGGACGUUGAUCGAAUUGUGGUACAGUGCGAAGUUGAGGGGCGAGGACCGCGAGGAGAGUAUCAGGGCGAGGAAAGGACAGCAGGAGGUGCUGUUGGCGCUGGGCGAGGUCAUGUGGGAUUCUUGA